UGCGCGGGGGUGAAACCGAAAGUGCGGGGCCGGGGCGGGCCCGCGCUCCGCCCGCCCCCCGCGGCCCGCCCGCCGCGCUCCGCUCCGCUCCUCCCUCCCAUGAGCGCCCGAGCCGCCCGGCCUCAGCAUGUCGGAGAGUUUCGACCGAGCGCCGGGUGCCGGCCGGGGCCGCGGGUGUGGCGCGCCGGAGAGCGGCGGCGGGGCCCGCCCCGCGGGCAGCGCGUCCCGCGGCUCGGGCUCGGCCGAGGAGCCGCAGCACCACCCGGGCGGCCUCUUCCCGCAGCAGGAACCAUUGCGGCCUCCGAAGACGGCGCCUCUGGGCGCCGGGAUGGCAGAACAUCUGCAAAAGACAGGAAUUCCAUCUGGAUCACAAGAUAAAGUUUCAGUUCUUGAUUCUGGACCAGAAAUGGCUGAACCUCAGUUAGCCGUGGAUCCUGUAGCAACGUCAAACUUGUCUGUUAAAGCACCUGAAUUUUAUCCACCAGGAUACAACCAGAACUUCAAUCAGAAUUUCACAGAUUCUUCCUUUGAAGAUAGAUGUGAUGGCUAUCUGACUCUGGCAGAAUAUGUACAAGACUUCCUAAAUCACCUCACGGAGCAGCCAGGUUGUUUUGAAACGGAAAUAGAGCAGUUUGCUGAGACUCUGAAUGGCUGGGUUAUCGCAGAUGAAGCUUUACAAGAACUUGUUGAACUCAUCUAUCAGCAGGCUACAUCUGUUCCAAAUUUUUCAUACAUGGGAGCACGAUUGUGUAACUAUCUAUCUCACCAUCUAACCAUUAGUCCACAAAGUGGGAAUUUCCGACAGUUGCUGCUUCAAAGGUGUCGAACUGAGUAUGAAAACAGAGAUGAAGCUACCAAAGGGGAUGAGACUACUCGAAAACAAUUUCAUGCCUUUGUCCUGUUCUUAGCUGAACUUUAUCUUAACCUAGAGAUUAAAGGAACAAAGGGACAGGUUACACGGGCAGAAAUUCUUCAAGAAGGCCUUCGGGAAUUACUGAAUGCACUCUUCUCUAAUCCUGUGGACAGUAAUUUGAUAUGUGCAGUGAAACUGCUGAAGUUGACAGGUUCCGUUUUAGAAGAUGCCUGGAAAGAAAAAGGCAAGAAUGACAUGGAGGAAAUGAUUCAGAGAAUUGAAAAUGUUGUGUUGGAUGCAAACUGUAGUAGAGAUGUGAAACACAUGCUUCUGAAACUAGUAGAACUGCGAUCUAGUAACUGGGGUAGAGUUCAUGGAACAACUCCACACGCAGAAGCUACCCCUGAAAAUGACCCAAACUAUUUUAUGAAUGAACCAACAUUUUACACUUCUGAUGGUGUUCCUUUCACUGCAGCAGACCCAGAUUAUCAAGAAAAAUACCAAGAGCUGCUUGAAAGAGAGGAUUUGUUUCCAUAUUAUGAAGAAAAUGGAGCAGAUCUGUCAGGACCUGGAGAGCUGUAUUUUGAUGAGAUUGAUGAUGAGAUGGAUCCAGAAAUUGAAGAAGCAUAUGAAAAAUUCUGUCUAGAAUCAGAACAUAAGAGAAAACAGUGAGAUGCUAUGUAUUAAUGUUAGUUUAUUUAACCAUUUUAAGUAUGUUUAGCGAGUGAAGGGGGACACAAAACAUUUGUACCAAAAUGAGAAACUUGCGUUUCUCAAGGUACUAAUGUUAUACAAUUUCCAUUUUGUUUAACAGACUCUGCCAAAAAUUGUAAACUUAUGCCCUGUAACUUAAAAUGUUGUGUAUAUAUCAUAGUUUAUUUUGUGAAAAAUGUUUUUUGGACAAUGUUUUGGCUGCAAUAAAAAUUAUUUAAAAGUUAUAAUUGAAAUUAAAAUUUAAUGGGGAACUGUCCCUUAAAACUUCCCUUGAGGAAGAAAGGGAAAGAAUAAUGAUCUGAAUUUGCUUGCUUGUUUGCUUUAGUAUAUAUUGGGAUUUACUCAUCCUAUUUACCACAUACAAUAUAUCUUGCAUUUACUUCCUCCACUUCCUCCCCAAGAAGAGUAUGAUCCAAAUAAGAAAGAAAUUUUUGUUUCUGUAUAUCACAAACAUGAAAAGUGGCUUGUGAAAGUUUUGUGUAUGAGUUUUUGUUUUGUUCAUUCCCUUUUUCUUCUUCUUUCAAAACACACAUGGGUGAGGUCUAGACUUUUCUGUUUUCCUGGAAUAAAUAUGUUACAUGUUGAUAUGUGAAAAAGCAAGCAGUAUUUUGGAAGUGAGGUGCUUUCAAGAUCUUUGGUUCAGAUAAGCUUAUUUUCAAAUCUACAUGAAAAAGCUAUUCUGUAAUUUGUUGUGUUCUUCAAGGCAAUAGUAAUGCAGUUACGUUCUAAACCAUGCCUCUUGAGAGUAUGUGCAGUGCUUUUUUUUUGCUUUGUUUUCUAGUAAUGUAUCUAACAUGUCUAACCUUUUGCAAUCUUGUAACUUUCUUUUAUUCUAAUUUUAUGUAGUUUGAUUUAAUUUUGUAGUUGAAGUAAAUUCAUAUAUUUCAUAAAUGUUAACAUUCUGAAGCCAACUGCUCUUUUUUUGACUCCACAUAAUCAUGUUAGUUCUCCUAGGAUAUUCCAUUGUUGUUGUUGCCAAACUCAGUUGAACUGUUUCCUGUUACCUGUUGCUGGUUAGACUUGAGUAGAAAUCCUUACCAAAAACAAACACAAGUAUUUCCCAACAGUUAGCUACUCUAAAGAACACACAUUAUAAAUAUGCAUGUAAAUAAUUCUGAUAAUAUUUCACUGUUAUUUGUAUGGUUAAGUUGUGCAUCUGCUAGUAGAGUAAGCAGUGACUGUUUUCUGGAUGUUUAUUUAAAAUACUUAUUUAGGCUGCAGUUUUGGAAAAUAAAAUUUAACUAGCUUUAUUUCCUUUGGCAUAAUAUCAUUA